CAAUUUGGCGGCCAUUUUGAUAUGCAAAUUAGAAGGUCAAAAACUCAAAAUUUCGCUUGGGAACCAUUUUUUUUGGACUCAGCACACUUGAAAUAUGUAAAGUAGGCAGGUUCCCGACUUGUACCCAUAAAUGCUCCUCACUUCUUAUAGAAGGCCUUUUUUCUGAAAUCCGUCUAGAUUAUAUCAUCAUAAGCCGUUUUAGGCUUCUAAGCUCUUUUGUACAAUGUUCACUUUUCCUUACUUUGUAGGGCCACGGGGCAAUCGCACCGAGCACUAUUUGUUCUGUCCUUCAGGCAUUUAAGUUAAUUUUCAUGCUUUUAAUUUGGUAUACUUUCAAUUUCAUUUAGACUCUUAUUUUGACAUUUGUUUACUAAGCUAAAACAGGAAGCAGACGCCAUCUUGAAUUCCUCACGUUAGAAUUACGUGAGAAACGGCAGACUUGUUAAGGACACAGAUGUCAGUAAGCCAGUGAAAAGUCAUCCUGCCUGUUGAUUCCCCAGCAGAAGCAUCGCAUGUAUGUAUUUGAUCUUUGCUCUGACUGAGUUAACUUUUAAGCAUAUUGAUUUCAUGCCGUAAAAGUAAUGUUCAUGAAAGCUAGAUGGCUUAUCUAAUUUCAGUAUUUUACUGUUUGUUUCCUAGUUUCACUCUCUCGUUGCAUCUGUAUGGAUUCAGUACAAUGUGAAGAAAAAUAAAUCUACAAACAAAGAACUCAGGGUUUCUUCAUGUUCAUGAAUAGAGAGAGUUUAGCUCACUGUUUAGUUGGAGUUGCUACACCUCAAUGAGAACAGUACACUAGUUGUUAUACUACUUGUUAUACUGUGGAUUUUUUCUUCUUCCUCUUCCGGACACAAUUUCGUCCCGCUACUAGUCCUGCAAACAAACAAAUUAUAUAUCAAAACGUGCGGUUUGAUGGGGAUCGGUGUGCUAUUACUUUUUAAAAGAACAACAGUGUACACACACCGGCAGUAGCCCCCGUGGCCCUUUCAGAAUUUCCCCAGAUGAAAUUUUCUAGUUAUUUUUAUUAUUAUUAUAUAUCUAUAGUAGGCCAAUAUUGUCCCAUAAUAUCAUCCUGUAUUGGCCUUCAUGAUGUCCAUUAAUUCAUGAUGAUGAAUAGUGAGAUGAUCUCUUAUGUGAUACGGAUCAUCAGUAAAUUCAGAGGGGCAACGCACUUCUUGCAGUUAGUGGAAAUAAUUAUAAUUUUUUUUAAUGGAAGCUUUGACUGCGUCACUGUUGCUAAUCAGUUCAACCAGAGCUACUUGUCAGUUCACAGCUCCAGAGAAGUUCAUCAAUUGAUAAUUUGACAUCCUGUCAACUUGCUGAAAGUGCAAAAUGGAACAUGUCCUGAUCCUGCUCCUCCUCCAGAGUUUGGAAGAGCUGGGUCGUGAGAGUCUAGAGAAGUUCAAGUGGUUCUUGAGCCAGAAUGUGUUGGAAGGAUUACCACCCAUCCCAAGGUCACGGCUGGAGCACGCUGACAGAAUGGAGACUGUGGGUUGCCUGGUGCAAUGUCAUGGUGAAAAUGCUCUGAAGACCACAUUGGACAUUUUCAUAAUGAUGAAUGAAAAUGAACUUGCCUUCACAUUAACUCAAGCCAAAAGACGUUUUCAUGAGCCUUUGUCCUCUACUGCAAGAGAGACACAGAGAGAUGCAGAUUCUCAGGCUCUUUCUUGUCAAAUUUGCAAAGACAUUUUCACUGAGCCUGUGACGCUGGUGUGUGGCCACAGCUUCUGCAGGACCUGCCUGCACAAACACUGGAGGUGGAAAAUCUGUGGGAAAUGUCCAGUUUGUCCACAAGUUAAGCAGACCGAGACUGAGCCUCAGAUUAAUUUGGCUCUGAAGAGUUUGAGUGAAAACUACAGAAAAAGAAGCGGCCACGGAAAUAACAUCAUAUCAGAAACUGCUCCCAGUAUUCAGGCUGUGGUUCAUCAUCUCCAACCCAACAACACCGCUCAGAAUGGAGCCUGUGUGGUCAACCCCAACAUCGUUGGUAGUACCAUUAACACCUUAAACAUCAGAGUCAUAAUGGGCCAAGAGUCUUUUUAUACAUCAGAAGGAACAUUUAGCUGUGACACUGCAUACACCCGUGGCACUCUGCAGCCCCAAAAUCGGGAUUGGUUCAACAACUCCACGACACAGCACCGUCUCUUCUUCCAUAGGCCUGAAUCUACAUCUUUGGGAAAAGCUAUAGCCUUCAAUAAAACUACAGUCGGGGAGUUCUUCGAUGAACUGGCUAAAGUGAUGGACAGGUAUAAAUUCCGUCCAAACAUGAUUUAUAAUGUUGGAAAAACUGAUGUCACUACUGUGCCGACAUCAAUGCAGCUGGUAGCUGUAAAAGAAAAGAAGCAAGUGCACCCCAUCACAUCGGCUGACGGAGGAGAGCAUGUGACUGUAGUCUGUGCAGUCAAUGCUAUUGGGAACGCAGUCCCUCCCAUGUUCAUCUUUCCAGGGGUUCCAUACAACGACUAUUUUAUCACAGGAGCCCCUCCAGGAUCAAUCGGUGCCUCCACCACAUCUGGCUCCAUCAAUGAAGACACAUUUACUGACUUCCUUGAACAUCUGGUACAGCAUACCAACUGCUCCCCUGGCCACCCCAUACUGCUAAUUUUUGAUAACCACAAGUCCCACGUUUCACGGAGUGCAUUAUAUAUAGCAAAAAGAAAGGGAAUUGUUAUGCUAACAGUUCCACCCCACACAUCCCAUCACCUGCAGCCUCUUGACAAGAGGGUGUUUGGUCCAUUUAGGACCUAUUACAACAGUGCUCUUGAGGGUUGGAUAAGAUCUAACCCAGGCAAAACAGCCAGCAUAUACCAUAUCCCUGGAUGUGUGAAUGAAGCUUUCAUGUCAGCAAUGACAAUUCGGAAUAUCUCCUCUGGAUUCAGGGACACAGGGAUUUUCCCUUUCAACAGGGAUGUUUUCCCUGAUGAAGAGUUUGAACCAUCCGUGGUGUCAGACAGACCAAACCCUGAGCUGCAGUCUGCUGCUGCAGAUUCACCAUCCAUCACUGCUGAGCUGCCUGCACAUGCAUGUUCACCAAGUGGCACAGAUUCACAACACAGCCAUGCUGGAUAUGUGUCUGCUACUGAAAUUCACAUAUCCAAAAGUCAGCGGCCCAGGGAAAAAAAGAAAACGAUUGAUGCUCCCAUCCAACUUGACCACUUCACCACAACACACCAGCAAUUCACACAACACACCAGCAAUUCAUCACAACACGGUAGCAAUUCAUCACAACAUGCCAGCAAUUCACCACAACACACCAGCAAUUCACCACAAGAUGCCAGCAAUUCACCACAAGAUGCCAGCAAUUCACCACAACACGCCAGCAAUUCACCACAACACGCCAGCAAUUCAUCACAACACGCCAGCAAUUCACCACAACACGCCAGCAAUUCAUCACAACACGCCAGCAAUUCACCACAACACGCCAGCAAUUCAUCACAACACGCCAGCAAUUCACCACAACACGCCAGCAAUUCAUCACAGUACACCAGCAAUUCACCACAAGAUGCCAGCAAUUCACCACUACACGCCAGCAAUUCACCACAACACACCAGCAAUUCACCACAACACACCAGCAAUUCACCACAACAUGCUAGCAAAUCACCACAACACACCAGCAAUUCACCACAACACACCAGAAAUUCACCACAACAUGCUAGCAAAUCACCACAACACACCAGCAAUUCACCACAACACACCAGCAAUACACCACAACACACCAGCAAUUCAUCAUGACAUGAAUUGCCGGUGUGUUGUGGCGAAUUGCUGGAGUGUUGUGAACUGCUGUAGUGUUGUUGUGAAUUGCUGGCGUGUUGUGUGAAUUGCUGGUGUGGUUUGCACUUCAGGGCCACCGUAAGUAAGAGAGCUGUGAGGAUGAAAGAAGUGAACUCUGGAUAAUAGUUUUGUUCAGACCAUAGAAACGUUUUCAUACUUCUAUGAAUUGCCCUUUUUACGUCCACACCACAAGAACUUGCACUUUUCAGGGUGUCAAAAAAACAGCCCUGCUUUGUGAAGAUGCAUUUCCCAGCUGAGGGAUUUGAAUUUCUUUAGCUAGCUUCAGAAGUAAGAGAAUUUAGUCAACACAUAAAAGAACACUUUAUCUUUCAGUCUAUCACAAACAUUAAAAAUUGAACACAUUUGGAGAUACAUGGUUUUCACUGGACAAGAAAGGUAUGAAAUGUAAACUGCUGUGUCACCUUUCCCUGAUUGUGAGGGACCAAGUCAGUCAGCAAUGAGGACAACAGGUAGUAUAUUUAAAAAAAGGGUCUUUAUUUACUCAAAGUAUAAAGCAACAACAUUUUCAAACAAAAGUAAUGAAGAAUUGGGCCCAUGAAAGAGGUCAAACUUACAAAACUGUACAACCGUCAACUGAACAAACUUACAGAAGACAAACAGACCUUAUGACUAAGCACAAGAGGGAACUUAUAUAGUGGGUAAUCAGCCCAUACCAAACACAAGAGGGGGUUGACAAACAUUGAACAUGAAAGACAACAGCUAAUUUACCAACAAAGCAAAUCAGGAAAAUUAACUCAUUAAAAUAAACAAUCUAUACUAAUCAAACAAAAUGAAUGAGGCCAUCACACUAAUCAAUAUUCAAUAAAACACAGAGGACCGUUUCUGUUGAGCAACCUACUCCUGUCACUACAUUUAACAUCUAGAUGAUCAUUAUUGAAAAACAUCUGAAAAGGUCUUUAAUUAUUUAAUGUAUAACUCUUAAUGGAUUUCAUUGUAAUGCAUGUUGGGAGAAAAACUAUUUAAAUUGCACAUUUCUAUCACUUUUGUAUUAAUGCUUAGUCUUGAAAGUUUGGCAAAUUAUGCAGUGUUUAUUGUUAUGUUUUUCUUUUUUCAUGUCUUUAUAUUCAAUGGAAUGAAUCAUAAGCCGUUUUAGGCUUCUAAGCUCUUUUGUACAAUGUUCACUUUUCCUUACUUUUUAGGGCCACGGGGCAAUUGCACCGAAUCGAGCACUGUUGUUAUACUGUGGAUUUUUUCUUCUUCCUCUUCCGGACACAAUUUCGUCCCGCUACUAGUCCUGCAACUCUUUGAGUUAUAUAUCAAAACGUGCGGUUUGAUCGGGAUCGGUUUGCUAUUACUUUUCUCUAUGGAAUAUGAAUUUUUCUGCAAAACCGCAAAAUUUUGUUUGAAGUGAAUGGGACGGCCGGAAAAAAAAAGAGCGAAAAAGAACAAUAAUUGGAGAUUUUCAAACGUCUACUUCUCUGGCAUAAUUUCACCUAGAGACUCCAUUUAAACUUUAAACAGUAGACACAAGUCUUGUGUAGUGAUGUAUUAAUCCACGUUUUGAUAGGUCAUAUAGCUUUUUAUCAAUCCCUGUUCAAUGAUCAUGAUCUUUUUUGGAGAAAUUCUGAGAUUAUAAUGGGUGUGUAUUGCAUGGAAUGUUCGUGUCAGAAUGUGUGACAUCAUUGCUCAGUGUGUAGAGCAGGGAUGGGCAACUGGAGGCCUGGGGGCCGCAUACGGCCCGCACCCUCACUUGAAGUGGCCCUUAGUACAACUACAUACAUUUGCAGUGUAAAAAUGCACAAAAUUACUUCUUGCAAUUAAUGUUGGUCUGCUGUUCUUGCACUGAAAAAAAUAAAGAAAUCACAGUCAGUGGUUAUUUUUUAUUUGCUUCAAACCUUUUGUAUUCCUUAUUAUACUGUUAUACAUGCAUUUGAGCAUGAAAUAUGUUAAGUUACUGCACUGCUAACAUAUUUAAAAUUGCAGUUUCAACAUUUCAUCAAGUGCACGGUCCUAUAUAUGGCACUGUGGUAGAGUCGAUGAAAAAUUGUGCAAAAUUGUACUCCAGCAUUUAAGUUGGCCAUCCCUGGUGUAGAGGGAGAGGAAAAAUUGUCAAAAAAUAAAUUUGAAAACUGCGCACCAGGCCGCAAAUUCCACUUACAGAGCUAUUUCUUCAUUUUUCUUCACAAAAAACUAUGUAGCUGUUCAGGAAGAACUCAGGACGCUCAAAAUGAAGUAAGAUCAAUGAUCCAAUGAUGCUUCACACACACACACACACACACACACACACACAUGCUCCAGAUACACAUGUUUUACACACAUACACAUUUUGAGGUUGAAAGGGCAUAGGUAACUGUUUAAAUAAAUAGUUGAAAAGGAAUGCUUGUUGUAGGUGUGCUCCUUGUAUAUUAUAUAGUAUCAUAACAUUACUAGUAUUAAUUGUUUGAAAUCUCUGAAGAAUCAGCCGGCAG